AUGAGUAUACUGCAGCGACUGUCUCUCUAUCUUCAACAAACUAGUUUCGUCACGUCUGAUGAGAAAAAAUUCACUCAUUGCAAUGAAAUGAUUGAUUCAUUGAUAUCAACUAAUAGAUACGUACAAUACGUGAUAUUGAGAGCGGCAUGGCACACGGUCACAUUCACACUGUCAAAGUAUAGUUGUGGAAGAUGGAGAUUAGAUUUGUCGUUGGUGUGCAAAGAUUGGUUUCGGUAUGCUAGAGAUCAUUUCACCCUUCAACUAGAAAUCAUCGUUUGGAAUGGAGUUAAAACUGGUCAAGACACAACAUUCAAUCAACCAUCUUCUUCAUCUUCAUCUUCUUCUUCCUUUAAGAUUCACAAACAUUAUUCACUCUUGAAAUCACCAACCAUUUCAAAACUAUUGUUUCAUGAAUCGUUGAUCAUCAUUCGAUUAGAAUCACAAAAUAAUAAUAAUAAUCAAAAUAAUCAAAAUAUUAAUAAUAAUCAAGAAGAAGAAGAUGAUGAUUACUUUACAAUAGAUUAUGAAAAGUUAAGGGUUGGUAUGCCAUCAACACUAACAACAACAACAACAACAACAACAUUAAAUCAUCAAAAUGUAAACGAGAUGAUGGAUACUCUUGGCUGUCAAAGGUUAAAGUUAUCAUUCAACAAACCAAAAAUAAGAAGUGACCCUACUUCAACAACAACCACCAACUUGUACUACGACGACAACGAUGACUAUUCAAAAUAUGAAUCACUACAAAAAUUAAAAGUGAUUGGAAAUGUAAAGACAAUAGAGUACAAGGAGAGCUACCAAUUCAGUCGAGAUGGAGGAUUGGAACAACUUACAAUCACCGACUUUUCAGAUGACUUGGAAUCAACUCAACUGUAUUUCCAACCAAUUCAAGACAAGUUUACCAAUUUAAAGUCAUUGGUAUACCCACCUCACAACAGUCCACCAAUCGACCUUGAAAGAAUUGGUCCUAAUCUAACCGAGUUGUCAGGCUAUAUAGAACCAGAAAAACAAUUUACAUUCCAAAACUAUAAUAUAAUUAGUCGUGGUGGUGGUGGAGGAGGAGGAGGAGGAUUAUCAAAUAAUAUUAUGACUAGUCCAAAUGAAUUGACAAUUGUCAAUGAAUUUAGUUGUCAUUUCUAUGAUACCUACUUUCAAUUUAUACAACAGUGUAUUGAUACUACAAGACUGUGUGUUAUUUGGACACACUAUAUUAAUACAUUGGGUCGAAUAGAAUCAUUGGUACCAUUCAUUCAACAAUUAUCAUAUGUUAGACAUUUCGAGAUAUCCUUUCCAACCGUCAAAUAUUCAUCAUUUCAAAGUGGCAUGGAAAUGAUUUUAUCAUCCAUCUCUGAAAACAAAAAUAUCGAGUCAUUCUUGGUCAAACAUGUAUACAAAGAGUAUGAACCUAGAUGUCACCCUCACGAGUAUGAAUCACACAUGAAAGAUUUCUUGGACGCAAGGAUCAACACUCUAUUCCCAAGUCCAUCAUUUCACAUUUGGACAAGAUGGGUAAAAAAAGAAUGUUUUUCAAGAAGUCAAAGCAUAGAUCAAGUAGAUUCAUUCUAUUGUAUAAAAGAAAUUUAUGGUGUUAAAAAAAAAGAAUAG